AUGGCUGAUACAUGUAAUUCACACCCCGUGUUCUCUGUUCUCAUUGUGGGCUGCGGUCUUAGUGGACUGGCUUCUGCACUGGCCCUUGCUCAAGCUGGUCACCGUGUGACAGUUUUUGAGCGUAGUGUUAAACUACAAGAAAUCGGUGCCGGAAUACAGUUAGCCCCCAAUGCGACGCGUCUGCUUCAACGCUGGGGCGUCUUGGAGGAGGUCCUUAAGUAUGCUGACCGACCAGAGGCCGGGACCUUUCGCUCCUAUCGAGGAGAUGUGCUCUCGCAGUCACCGCCGGUAUCUCAUCCCAACCUGGUGAGCGAGGCCCCUUAUCUCGUGAUCCAUCGUGCCGACCUCCUGAGAGCCUUGCUGUCGGGAAUAGGGAACCUUGGGAUAGAGAUCAAACUGGGCAGCGAGGUCAAAGAGAUCGAUUUCAACAAGCCCUCCCUACGCCUCGCCACUGGCGAGGUCUAUGAAGCAGACCUGAUCCUCGGUGCGGACGGGGAGAGGUCCCGUUGUAGAGGUAGGCUGUUGGGGCGUGAGGACCCUCCCUACAGUCCUGGCGAUGUCGUAUACCGGAUCUCUGUCCCUACCAGAGACAUAACGGAAGGCCAUCUAGCUUGGGACCUAAAAAGACGAUCUAGCGUCAACUUUUGGAUGGGAUCAGGCGGGCACGUGGUCACAUACCCCAUCCAGCACGAUAUGCUCAACGUAGUUUUGAUAUACGCUGAGGGUGCAAGCGGCAAAGUUAUGUACGGACCACAACGAGCAGACAUAGAAGAUUUCAGGAGCAAGAUCUCGGACUGGGACCCGGUGCUUCAUGAGCUGAUCAAUGUGGAAGGGUCUGUUUGCACCAAGUGGACUUUGUUCCAGAUCCAUGAACCGGUCCAAUGGCGCCAUGAGAGCGGACGAUUCGUAUUGAUUGGGGAUGCUGCUCACGCCAUAUUGCCAUGCCUAGCACAGGGUGCCGCACAGGCCUUUGAGGAUGCAGGCGUCCUGGGAGGGAUAUUCAGCCAGUCGGUGGGGCGUGACCAAAUCUCCGAUGCUCUUCGGGUGUUUGAGCAGGUUCGCAAGCCACGAGCUUCGGAGGUCCGACGUCGCACAUUGAAUCAGAAAGCCAUGUUUGCCCUUGCCAAUGGUCCGGAGCAAGAGGAGCGCGAUGCAAAACUUCGUGCGGGUGCGGACUAUGGACUGUUUGAGUGGCUUUGGGGGUAUGAUGCCGCCAUAAGUGGUAGAGAGGCGUGGGAACGGUUUUUAACCAAGGGCCAUGAAAAUGGAAUUGAACCCCGCAAUGGUAUUUAA